AUGCCUCCUCCAUCAAGCCAACGAGCGGACAUCGAGCCACCUCCGCAAGUCUCGAAAGAAGCUACCAUGGGCUUCAUCACAGGCGCAGUCCGAUUCGGCGCUCUCUCGAUUCUCGCCCAUCUGAUCCUCUCGCUUCCACAUCCAAUGCACUUCACACCGUCGUCGGGGAGCAAGGCGGCGAACAGCCAACCGUCUCCGUCACCGAGGAAGCCUCCGCUGGUAUACAGGCCUCUGAUCUCGUUCUCGACCUCGAUUGCGCCGAUGUCGAGGGUCUACCGUGGUUUGACGCCGCAGUUUAAAACGUUUAUACAAAUCAGCGUCAUGACGCUUGGUGGGUGUAUAUGGGCUGAGAAGAGGGUGGGAGAGUAUCUUGAUCAUGUCAGGAAGGUCAAGAGGGCUGAGAGGAGGGCGAGAGGGGAGUAA